AUGUUCCUAGAUGCUUUGCUGGCGGACUUGGAGUCGACAACCUCCCACAUCUCCAAGCGGCCGGUGUUUCUGCCGGACGAGACGCCCUACUCUUUCCUCACGGGAGGACAGGCUCCUCCCCCUGUACCCCCACCUCCCUCUGCUGAGGCCCUGAACGGAACCGCGCUCAACCCCCUAGAAUCCACCCGGUCGUCCACACAGGUACAUACUCAUAUACACCUUUGUACAUACCCAAACGGAAGGUGUGGGCAGUAAGUUACAUACCUGAUUAAACUAAUAGUCUUGGUGAAGACUAUGAAUGGAUGAUCGAAAGCCUGUACCCACAUGACCCUAUUGAGGGUAAAGUUGGACACCCCUGACAAACACCCAUUUACCACAUUACCCAUCUAGAGCACUCAAAUACUACACUUCUAAAUAUGUACCUACCCUUUCUUAGUCCUACAGCAGUAGCUCCCCCUCCUUACCCCAAAGCGAAGACGACCACGUCUACAGGUAAUAAUGAUAAUAAUAACAUUACACAUUUGUUUGUGUAGCAUCACAAGACAAAAUGAACAUCAGAUGUCUGUUACUGAUGUUUGUGUGUCUCUUUUGGUUCCUGCAGCUUCCCCAACAAGCAAAAGAGUGCGGAGGCUGCCAUGAGCUCCUUCCUGGGCAGCAACCUGUCGGAGUUGGACCGGCUGCUUCUGGAGCUCAACGCCGUGCAGCACAACACGCCCUCCUUCCCCACUGAGGGUACGCUAUACCAUUUAUGUGUGCAUCCCAAAUGGCACCCUAUUCCCUAUAUAGGGCACUGCUUUUGACCAGGGCUCACGGGUAGAAAACCCUGUUUGGUACAUAAAUCAUUUAACAGGCACUAUGUCUUUGUUGUUGAAACUUGGGAAUACUGUAUGUAAAGAUGUUUUUUUUUCCUUCUGUGUUGCAGAGGAGACAGCCCCGCCCCUCCCCUCUAGCAGCACCACCCACUAUGUGCAGGAGAACGGGGUUUCGGUGGCCGGCAAGGUGCCUCCCCCAACCAUGGAGAAGCCCAAGCGCAGCGUGGCCACCAGGGUCAUUGAAGAUGUACGCCCCAGCGUUGAAAGCCUUCUGGACGAGCUAGAAAAUUCUGUGCCCUCCCCCACGUAAGGAUUAAGGCGUCCGCAUGCUUCCCAUCCGAAUCAAUUCGGAACAGUUUGUGCAUAUAUUAUGACGACAUUUUAUGACGUUUUUGUUCUUCAGCGAAAGGGUUUUUCCUGUAGCAUGCAGAAGGCUUUAGUGCUGGUCAAAAACGUUCCUAUCCCCAGAAAUGGGGGAAAAUUGACAGCGACGCAAUUGCACUGCACCUCAAGUUCCGGAAGACCGUUUAAUCUUGUACACUGAUUGUGCUAUUUUCCUGUGUGUUUUUCAUGUUUGACUGUGGGAAUUUAUGACCUAAUGUUUGUUGUUGUUUAUUUAAUUUCUAGCCCCACCGCCUUGGUGGUAGAGGAGUUGACGGAGGGGGAGGAGGAGACACCCUCCCAGCUGCAGGCCAGAAUCUCUGCCUCCUCCGCCACGCGGGAGCUCGACGAGCUCAUGGCCUCGCUGUCUGACUUCAAAGUCCAGAGCAAUGUGAGUUUUACAGAAAUAUUAUUUUUACGAGGAUGUGUGUGUGUGUGUAUACUUGCGUACUAUUCAGGCGUUUGGAAAUUGCUCCCAAGUAAACUUCUGACCCACUGGAAUUGUGAUUCAGUGAAUUAUAAGUGAAAUAAUCUGUCUGUAAACAAUUGUUGGAAAAAUUACUUGUGUCAUGCACAAAGUAGAUGUCCUAACCGACUUGCCAAAACUAUAGUUUGUUAACAAGAAAUUUGUGGAGUGGUUGAAAAACGAGUUUUAAUGCCUCCAACCUAAGUGUAUGUAAACUUCUGAUUUCAACUGUAUAUACAGUACCAGUCAAAAGUUUGGACACCUACUCAUUCAAGGAUUUUUCUUUAUUUUGACUACUUUCUACAUUGUAGAAUAAUAGUGAAGACAUCAGAACUAUGAAAUAACACAUAUGGAAUCAUGUAGUAACCAAAAAAAGUGUUAAACAAAUCAAAAUAUAUUUUAUAUUUGAGAUUGUUCAAAUAGCCACCCUUUGCCUUGAUGACAGCUUUGCACACUCUUGGCAUUCUCUCAACCAGCUUUAUGAGGAAUACUUUUCCAACAGUCUUGAAGGAGUUCCCACAUAUGCUGAGCACUUGUUGGCUGCUUUUCCUUCACUCUGCCGUCCGACUCAUCCCAAACCAUCUCAAUUGGAUUGAGGUCAGGAGAUUGUGGAGGCCAGGUCAUCUGAUGCAGCACUCCAUCACUCUCCUUCUUGGUAAAAUAGCCCUUACACAGCCUGGAGGUGUGUUGGGUCAUUGUCCUGUUGAAAAACAAAUGAUAGUCCCACUAAGCCCAAACCAGAUGGGAUGGCGUAUCGCUGCAGAAUGCUGUGGUAGCCAUGCUGGUUAAGUGUGCCUUGAAUUCUAAAUAAAUCACAGACAGUGUCACCAGCAAAGCACCCCCACACCAUAACACCUCCUCCUCCAUGCUUUACGGUGGGAAAUACACAUGCGGAGAUCAUCUGUUCACCCACACCGCGUCUCACAAAGACACAGCGGUUGGAACCAAAAAUCUCCAAUUUGGAGUCCAGACCAAAGGACAACUUUCCACCAGUCUAAUGUCCAUUGCUCAUGUUUCUUGGCCCAAGCAGGUCUCUUCUUAUUAUUGGUGUCCUUUAGUAGUGGUUUCUUUGCAGCAAUUUGACCAUGAAAGCCUGAUUCACACAGUCCCCUCUGAACAGUUGAUGUUGAGAUGUUACUGUUACUUGAACUCUGUGAAGCAUUUAUUUGGGCUGCAAUUUCUGAGGCUGGUAACUCUAAUGAACUUAUCCUCUGCAGCAGAGGUAACUCUGGGUCUUCCAUUCCUGUGGCGGUACUUAUGAGAGCCAGUUUCAUCAUAGCGAUUUAUGUUUUUUGCGACUGCACUUGAAGAAACUUUCAAAGUUCUUGAAAUGUUCCGUAUUGACUGACCUUCAUGUCUUAAAGUAUUGAUGGACUGUCGUUUCUCUUUGCAUAUUUGAGCUGUUCUUGCCAUAAUAUGGACUUGGUCUUUUACCAAAUAGGGCUAUCUUCUAUAUACCACCCCUACCUUGUCACAACACAACUGAUUGGCUCAAACGCAUUAAGAAGGAAAAAAAUUCCACAAAUUAACUUUUAAGAAGGCACACCUGUUAAUUAAAAUGUAUUCCAGGUGACUACCUCAUGAAGCUGGUUGAGAGAAUGACAAGAGUGUGCAAAGCUGUCAUCAAGGCAAAGGGUGGCUAUUUGAAGAAUCUCAAAUAUAACAUAUGUUUUGAUUUGUUUAACACUUUUUUGGUUACUACAUGAUUCCAUUUGUGUUAUUUCAUAGUUUUGAUGUCUUCACUAUUAUUCUACAAUGUAGAAAAUAGUAAAAAUAAAGAAAAACCCUGGAAUGAGUAGGUGUGUCCAAACCUUUGACUGGUACUGUAUAUACAUACAUAAACACAUUGUACACCUGCUCAAGGGCACAUCAGCAGAUUUUCACCUUGUGAACUCAGGUAUUCGAACCUGCAACCUUUCAAUUAAUGUCCCAACGCUCUAACUGCUAUAUGGAUGAGUGGGUUGACCGAUGGAUGGGUGGGUGGUUGUGGAUGGAUGGAUAGAUGGAUGGAUGGGUGGAUGGACGGACAGCUGGAUGGAUGGAUGGAUGGAUGGGUGGGGGUAGAGAUGGAUGAGAAAGAGAGGUAGGCAGAUGCAGAUGGGAUGAAAGGACUUACUGUAGGGUGAAAUGUGCAGUCAAAUGAAUGGGGGAUGUGUUACUUUUAAAAUGUAGGUUGUAUUUAGAUUUUUGGCAUCGAUGUGGGGGUUCUUCACACAGGUAGAUUGCUGUGGUCUAGACUGUGUCGGGCAUUUACUACCAUUCACCUUAUCGAUCCCACAAUACUAAGUUAUUUACACUGUGAGUUAAUAAGUGUGGAAUGUGAAUGAUUUUUAUAUCCAUCACUAUGAUAUAUAAUGCCAAUUUUCACACAGCUUUAUUGAGGAUGUGGUCAUGAUUUGAUAUGCCAUGGUGCAUUUCUGCCGCUGUGGCAACUUCCCUUUUCUCCUCAAAUCAUUUCCCCUUUUUUUUCUCUUUUCUAUUAUUGUUUCUGUGUGUGUGUGUUUCUUUUCCCCUUCCGGCUCCAUUGCUGCCCGUCCUCCAGUCUGGUUCUCAGUUGUCUCUCAGUAUGAAUCCCCUCCUGCUCAGUCAAGGAUCAGAACCCUCCUCCUUGGAGACGAAGUCACCUGCAGCCCCUGCUUCCCCAGUAGUUUGUAACCAGAGACCCAACUGGGCCUGUGGAUCUGCAGCUGGAGCCCCCCAGUGACACGUCCCCCUCCUGUACCCCUGUUCCUUUAGAACUCCACAUAGAUGAAGAUGCCUGCGCUUGCCCUCCCUCCUCCACCCCCCUCUCAGCUGCUUCAAGCCUCCACCGUUGUGUUGGCCUCAUCCCAGAGCCUCCAGUACACCCAGAUCCACACACAGCUGGGAGGAGAAACUGAUCCCAGCGUGAGAACUACGCUGACCUCCCACAUGGAGUCCCUCACUGUGGUCUCUAACACCACAAGCCACACUUUGCCAAAGACCCCCGAUCCUCCUGUUGCCCCAGUUGUAAAGUACCCCAGUCCUGCAGUGGAUACAAAGAACCACCAAGACACCUAGUCCAGUAACUGUUGACAAGACCCCUAGUCUGGUACCUGUUGCCAAUACCCUCAGUCCUGUGACUGUUGUCAAGACCCCUAGUCCUAUAACUGUUGCCAAGACUCCCAUUCCAGUUAUGGUUGCUACGAGCCUCAGUCCUGUUCCAAUUCCUAAAAAGCCUCAGUCCUCUUCCAGUUGCUAAGAGCCCCAGUCCAGUUCUGGUUGCUAAGAGCCCCAUUCCUGUUAGUGUUGCUAAGAGUCCCACUCAUAAAACAAUCACCCUUCCUCUGUCAGCCCCCAUUGAUCAAUCUUCCCCACCGAAGGAGAAGCAGCCAGACAAAACCGCUGCUCAGCCAGCGCCCUCUGCAUUCCUCUGGGAUAACAGGCCACGGGAGCCCUGCUGGGACACUCUUGGCAAUGUUGUCCUUCGACUUUACCCUGCCAGAGGAGAAGGAGCAUCCAAUGACUUUCGGACAAAUGGAGCUUUGCCUGCAGAACAAGGAAGACUUGGAGGAUAGAAGGACUCCAAGGCACAGCACCCCCUGAUGGCGCGAGGGACGAUGACCCCCCUUACCAAGGCCACUGAUGGACACGCUUACCCGUCGGCGUCCCGAACUCCCCGAGACCACCCUGGCCCCCAAAAAAAUUUAAAAAAAUUUUUAAGGUUUGUGUCUUCACUAUUAUGUCUACAAUGAAAAUCUAAUACAAGACACCCUGGAAUGGAGGUUGGAAAACCUUUGACUGUACUGUAUAUACAUACUAAACACAUGUACUGGGAAAAAAUAUUUUCACACCAUGUGCAUUCUCCCCUUAAAGAUAGGCCUGUAAUUCUCUUAGGUACACUCAACUAUGACAGACAAAUUGAGAAAAAGAAAUCCAGAAAAUCACAUUGUAGGAUUUUUAAUGAAUUUAUUUGCAAAUUAUGGUGGAAAAUAAGUAUUUGGUCACCUACAAACAAGCAAGAUUUCUGGCUCUCACAGACCUGUAACUUCUUCUUUAAGAGGCUCCUCUGUCCUCCACUCGUUACCUGUAUUAAUGGCACCUGUUUGAAACUUGUUAUCAGUAUAAAAGACACCUGUCCACAACCUCAAACAGUCACACUCCAAACUCCACAAUGGCCAAGACCAAAGAGCUGUCAAAGGACACCAAAAACAAAAUUGUAGACCUGCACCAGGCUGGGAAGACUGAAUCUGCAAUAGGUAAGCAGCUUGGUUUGAAGAAAUCAACUGUGGGAGCAAUUAUUAGGAAAUGGAAGACAUACAAGACCACUGAUAAUCUCCCUUGAUCUGGGGCUCCACGCAAGAUCUCACCCCGUGGUGUCAAAAUGAUCACAAGAAGGGUGAGCAAAAAUCCCAGAACCACACAGGGGGACCUAGUGAAUGACCUGCAGAGAGCUGGGACCAAAGUAACAAAGUCUACCAUCAGUAACACACUACGCCGCCAGGGACUCAAAUCCUGCAGUGCGAGACGUGUCCCCCUGCUUAAGCCAGUACAUGUCCAGGCCCGUCUGAAGUGCAUUUGAAUGAUCCAGAAGAGGAUUGGGAGAAUGUCAUAUGGUCAGAUGAAACCAAAAUAUAACUUUUUGGUAAAAACUCAACUCGUCAUGUUUGGAGGACAAAGAAUGCUGAGUUGCAUCCAAAGAACACCAUACCUACUGUGAAGCAUGGGGUUGGAAACAUCAUGCUUUGGGGCUGUUUUUCUGCAAAGGGACCAGGACGACUGAUCCGUGUAAAGGAAAGAAUGAAUGGGGCCAUGUAUCGUGAGAUUUUGAGUGAAAACCUCCUUCCAUCAGCAAGGGCAUUGAAGAUGAAACGUGGCUGGGUCUUUCAGCAUGACAAUGAUCCCAAACACACCGCCCGGGCAACGAAGGAGUGGCUUCGUAAGAAGCAUUUCAAGGUCCUGGAGUGGCCUAGCCAGUCUCCAGAUCUCAACCCCAUAGAAAAUCUUUGGAGGGACUUGAAAGUCCGUGUUGCCCAGCGACAGCCCCAAAACAUCACUGCUCUAGAGGAGAUCUGCAUGGAGGAAUGGGCCAAAAUACCAGCAACAGUGUGUGAAAACCUUGUGAAGACUUACAGAAAACGUUUGACCUGUGUCAUUGCCAACAAAGGGUAUAUAACAAAGUAUUGAGAAACUUUUGUUAUUGACCAAAUACUUAUUUUCCACCAUCAUAUGCCAAUAAAUUCAUAAAAAAUCCUACAAUGUGAUUUUCUGGAUUUUUUUUUCUCAUUUUGUCUGUCAUAGUUGACGUGUACCUAUGAUGAAAAUUACAGGCCUCUCUCAUCUUUUUAAGUGGGAGAACUUGCACAAUUGGUGGCUGACUAAAUACUUUUUUCCCCUACUGUAUAUGUGUGAGUAUGUAUGUGUGUGUGUGUGUGUGUGUGUGUGUGUGUGUGUGUGUGUAUAUGUGUUUGUGUAUAUAUGUUUUAUUCUCGCAUAGGUGCAGUGAAAUGUGUUGUUUUAUAGGGUCAGCCAUAGUAGUACGGCACCCUGGAACAAAUUAGGGUUAAGUGCCCUGCUCAAGGGCAGAUCAGCAGAUUUUCACCCUGUGAACUCAGGUAUUCGAACCUGCAACCUUUCAAUUACUGUCCCAACGCUCUAACUGCUAUAUGGAUGAGUAGGUUGACCGAUGGAUGGGUGGGUGGUUGUGGAUGGAUGGAUGGAUGGAUGGGUGGAUGGACAGCUGGAUGGAUGGAUAGAUGGGUGGGUGUAGAGAUGGAUGAGAAAGAGAGGUAUGCAGAUGGGAUGAAAGGACUUACUGUAGGGUGAAAUGUGCAGUCAAAUGAAUGGUGGAUGUGUUACUUUUAAAAUGUAGGUCGUAUUUAGAUUUUUGGCAUUGAUGUGGGGGUUCUUCACACAGGUAGAUUGCUGUGGUCUAGACUGUGUCGGGCAUUUACUACCAUUCACCUUAUCGAUCCCACAAUACUAAGUUAUUUACACUGUGAGUUAAUAAGUGUGGAAUGUGAAUGAUUUUUAUAUCCAUCACUAUGAUAUAUAAUGCCAAUUUUCACACAGCUUUAUUGAGGAGGUGGUCAUGAUUUGAUAUGCCAUGGUGCAUUUCUGCCGCUGUGGCAACUUCCCUUUUCUCCUCAAAUCAUUUCCCCUUUUUUUUCUCUUUUCUAUUAUUGUUUCUGUGUGUGUGUGUUUCUUUCCCCUUCCGGCUCCAUUGCUGCCCGUCCUCCAGUCUGGUUCUCAGUUGUCUCUCAGUAUGAAUCCCCUCCUGCUCAGUCAAGGAUCAGAACCCUCCUCCUUGGAGACGAAGUCACCUGCAGCCCCUGCUUCCCCAGUAGUUGUAACCAGAGACCCAACUGGGCCUGUGGAUCUGCAGCUGGAGCCCCCCAGUGACACGUCCCCCUCCUGUACCCCUGUUCCUUUAGAACUCCACAUAGAUGAAGAUGCCUGCGCUUGCCCUCCCUCCUCCACCCCCCUCUCAGCUGCUUCAGCCUCCACCGUUGUGUUGGCCUCAUCCCAGAGCCUCCAGUACACCCAGAUCCACACACAGCUGGGAGGAGAAACUGAUCCCAGCGUGAGAACUACGCUGACCUCCCACAUGGAGUCCCUCACUGUGGUCUCUAACACCACAAGCCACACUUUGCCAAAGACCCCCGAUCCUCCUGUUGCCCCAGUUGUAAAGUACCCCAGUCCUGCAGUGGAUACAAAGACCACCAAGACACCUAGUCCAGUAACUGUUGACAAGACCCCUAGUCUGGUACCUGUUGCCAAUACCCUCAGUCCUGUGACUGUUGUCAAGACCCCUAGUCCUAUAACUGUUGCCAAGACUCCCAUUCCAGUUAUGGUUGCUACGAGCCUCAGUCCUGUUCCAAUUCCUAAAAGCCUCAGUCCUCUUCCAGUUGUUAAGAGCCCCAGUCCAGUUCUGGUUGCUAAGAGCCCCAUUCCUGUUAGUGUUGCUAAGAGUCCCACUCAUAAAACAAUCACCCUUCCUCUGUCAGCCCCCAUUGAUCAAUCUUCCCCACCGAAGGAGAAGCAGCCAGACAAAACCGCUGCUCAGCCAGCAGAGCCCCCUUCUGCAUGUCCUGACUUGAGGAUAACAUGGCCAUGUCGGGAGCCCUUGCUGGAGGACACUCUUGGCAGAUUGUUGUCCUUCGACUUUACCCUGCCAGAGGGAGAAGUGAAGCAUGCCAAGAUGACUUAUCAGGACAAAGUGGAGCUUUGUGCCAUGGCAGGAGACAAGGAAAGGACUUGGGAGGAUGAGGAAAGGAUUUACCCAAGGCACAGCACACCCCUGGAUGGGCGCGAGGGGACGAUGACCCCCCUUACCAAGGCCAGCUGGAUGGACGACUGCUUGACCCCGUCGGCGUGCCCGGGAACCCCCGAGACCACCCUGGACCUGCCCCUGAACCAGCCUUCGGCCGUGGAGAGGCUGUCCACCUCGGGCCAAGUACGACGCUCUCUUCCAAUAGGCCAUCCAUCCACAACAACGCUCUCCCAAAAUAAGCUGGCACGCGAGUUUGAAGGCUGUAAGGCACCAUAUGGUUUAUCUUUUAUUAGGCCAAGUUUGAGGCCAAAUCCCCACUUUGACACAUUUCAUCUUUCCCAUGUAUCCUGGCACUGGUGGUGUCACACACUGAAAGGUGUAACCGAUACAGUAAAAUACAGAGAUGUAAAUGAUCACUAAUAUAUAUGAUGCCAUUGGCUUUUUAUCAGAUGAUGGUUCAUUCUAGCCUGGUGGAAUCAGUCUGAUCGCUAAGUUCACCAUCCUUUUUCACUUCACUUAUACAGUACCAGUCAGAAGUUUGGACACACCUACUCAUUCAAGGGUUUUUCUUUAUUUUUACAAUUUUCUACAUUGUAGAAAAAUAGUGAAGACAUCAAAACUAUGAAAUAACACAAAUGGAAUCAUGUAGUAACCGGAAAAGUGUUAAACAAAUCUAAAUAUAUUUUAUAUUUGAGAUUCGUCAAAUAGCCACCCUUUGCCUUGAUGACAGCUUUGCACACGCUUGGCAUUCUCUCAACCAGCUUUAUGAGGAAUGCUUUUCCAACAGUCUUGAAGGAGUUCCCACAUAUGCUGAGCACUUGUUGUCUGCUUUUCCUUCACUCUGCCAUCUGACUCAUCCCAAACCAUCUCAGUUGGGUUGAGGUCGGGGGAUUGUGGAGGCCAGGUCAUCUGAUGCAGCACUCCAUCACUCUCCUUCUUGGUAAAAUACCCAUUACACAGCCUGGAGGUGUGUUGGGUCAUUGUCCUGUUGAAAAACAAAUGAUAGUCCCACUAAGCCCAAACCAGAUGGGAUGGCAUAUCGCUGCAGAAUGCUGUGGUAGCCAUGCUGGUUAAGUGCCUUGAAUUCUAAAUAAAUCACAGACAGUGUCACCAGCAAAGCACCCCCACACCAUAACACCUCCUCCUCCAUGCUUUACGGUGGGAACUACACAAAGACACGGCGGUUGGAACCAAAAAUCUCAAAUUUGGACUCUAGACCAAAGGGAACAUUUCCACCGGUCUAAUGUCCAUUGCUCAUGUUUCUUGGCCCAAGCAGGUCUCUUCUUAUUAUUGGUGUCCUUUAGUAGUGGUUUCUUUGCAGCAAUUCGAUUCUAAUGAACUUAUCCUCUGCAGCAGAGGUAACUCUGGGUCUUCCAUUCUUGUGGCUGUCCUCAUGAGAGCCAGUUUCAUCAUAGCGCUUGAUGGUUUUUGCAACUGCACUUGAAGAAACUUCUUGUGUCCAAACUUUUGACAGUUAGUGUAAGUCUGGGAUUUCUUAUCUUGGAAACUGUUUGAGUCUGUCUGUAAUGGGGCAUUAUUCAAAAAUAACUUGUCAGCGAUGGGAUCACCUUCAACCAAUCAGAGGAUGGCUUAAUUAAAAGAACAGUUUGACCACGUGGGUUUUUGUCCUAAACCCACCCACUGUUUCUGAGAGGAUGCUGAUUGGACCGUCCAUUUUCUGGCUUAUUCCAAGUGCCCAUCUAUUGGAUUAAGCACAGACUGAUAAGUGAAGUGAAAUAGAAUGGUGAAAGCAGCGAUCAGACUGUUUCCACCAGGCUAGGCUCAUUCAAGUUCCUUCAUGAUCUGUUAGUCAUUUUCAAGUUGAAGUGAUUGAGAUGGGCUCUUAUUUUGGGAGAGCGACUCACAUGAACACAUGAGGACACAAGGACUUGAAUAUAUAGGGCAUCUUGUCAAAGUUUUACCUGAGAAGUGAUGCAUGGAGUUUGUAUUUUCUGCAUUGUGAAGAAUGUUGGCUAUUGUGAACUGCACAAGGAUAUAAGUCAGCGAAAAGUCACGAGGGUUAACUGCCUACCAUGUGGAAAUGUCCGCUGUGUGUUGUUUACAGUUAUAUUGCACGUCUCAACUUGCAUCUGUGAGCUUGUCACUUGCACAAUCAAGAGUGAUGCAAACCUUCACCGCUCAGCCGUGUGUAGCUUGCCACCUCAUGUCAAUAUGCUGGAUUAUAUGUUGAUGAUGAUAAUGCACUCUCAGUAUACCAUUUAAAACCCCUUUAUUCAUAGGCUACUUGGCUAAUGCAAGGCCAGGAUAAAAAUAAACACUUAUGUGAAGCUGCUAAACCAGCCUUGAAUAAGGGGGAAGGUAGGCUAUGCAUGUUUUUUUAAUCAAAUUAAAUGAAAUGGGAGGGAAACCAAUAGUUUUUUUAUGUUUCUAAAUAUAAGAUUCACCGGCACAAAAGGCACAUCUCUCAUUCCAUGGGGACUGUGCGUCAUAGCUGGAUAGGCUGCGCUUUCACUCUCAAAAUCCAUGCGUUACCGUUAAGACCUGCUUUUGGUUGGUCUUCAAAUUUACCAUCAGCUCUGCAUAAAAUUGUCACUUUUGCGCUUGUUUUUAUGAACACACCCUCCCAUCUCAGCAAGCUGAUGUUAGACAGGUAAAUUGCCGAACCUGGUGUAAAGGUUGGAAAAUGCCCGUUUUUACAUGACGAAAUUGCAAACUAACGUGUGUUUGACACUUGUGCCUCUCUUAGCGGCAGCCGAAAAUAGAGCCAGUGGUGUUAAGGGAGAAUAAUUUGAUUUGACCUAGUACCGCUUCUUCCAGGUGACGUGAAGAAGGUCUGUAUCUGCACCAUGUGGUCUCACUACUGGUGUUCCACAGGGCUAGGUACUACACACAUUCUCUGUGCAAUGUUUGAGUGGAGAGGGGACAAACCUAAAACAUGUUUAUAUAGGCCUGUGGAACCAUGUUUGAGAAUCUGUUUUCAAGGACAUUAGCAGGACUUGAGCUGCUUCUCUACAGUGACAUUACUGCAAGAAUCUAAGACCAUCGGUUUUGCUGCUUGCAUUUUAUGUCCGCCUGUGUGUUGCAGGAGCAUUACAUUUCUAGUCGUUGUUUUGCACAUCGUGUAUUUUACAUUUACGUCAUUCUCUUAUCCAGAGUGACUUACAGUAGCAAUUAGGUUUAAGUGCCUUGCUCAAGGACACAUCGACAGAUUUUUUUCCUCUAGUCGGCUCUAGGAUUCUAACCAGCGACCGUUCGGUUAUUGGCCCAACGCUCUUAACCGCUAGGCUACCUGCUGCACUGUAUGUUUUUGCGCUGAGAAGAAUGGACGUUUGUUACGUGUUUUCAAUCAGCCAGCAUGCUCACACACUGCAGCCUAGCAGGUGUGAAAUAGACUGCCUCGGAAAAUAGUGGAAUGGAAUGGAGUCGAGUGGAGUGCCCUUUGACCUUUGCGAUCAGCCGGCCUGGCCUGAAGGAUUGUGCUUCCUGGUGUUUCGUGCCUGGCUCUGCAGCACCCCUGAUAUGUGUGUGGUCAUGGGAGGUAUGGGGAAGCACCACCAUGCCCCCCCCCCCCCUUACUUCCUUCUACCCAACUCUGUAGCUCAAGUCGGUUAUCUGCCGCACCAAAGAGACGCCCAACGUGCACCCCAUGUACCGAGACGGGCAUUUGUUGAGGCGUAAACUGGGUCCUGUCAUCUUCACCAAGAGCAGUUCCCAGGACUGUCUCAUCGCAGAGCUGCAGGGUAAGCUGGGAAUCGAAUGCGCCGUUGAGCGCCGACGCAAGAAGCAGUCAGACGACUGGCUCACUGAAGGGGUCAUCGUCAUGAACAACCCGCAGCGCACGCGGGAAGAUCGGGCCUCGCCGGUGGUGGACAAGGUACAGUGAUGUGGCCGGAGCCAGUACUAAGUCCUCUCAUUGCAGCACCUUCCAGUAGCGUUGUUCUUGAUUUGUGCUGUUAUUCUAGAGUAACGUUACCAAGGCCCUUUUCUAUACCACACAUAUGGAUUAUGACUAGCGAACAGUUUCUCAACCGUAUUCUUCUGUAACCACUUGUUGAUGUUUUCUUGCCCCAACUGAGGCUUUCUAUUUCCUGUGGUUUAAUUUCACUCAUCUUUGAUGUCUCUCUCUUGCUCUCUGUCUCUUCCCGCACCCAGAUUGUCAUCCCUCCUGAUUCGCCUGUCCCUCGGAGAAAAGUCAUUCCCCCUCCGCAGUCCCCCCCGGCACCCAAAAAGCCAUCCCCUGUCAAGCAGACCCCUCCGCCCCUGCCUCCUCCCCCGCCCCCACCCCCCUCGCCUCCUCCCAAGGACCCCAUCCCUCCCCCGCCACGCACCCCUUCCCCCCCACCUGUGGAGCAUCAGCCCACCUCUUCCUGGACGCCGACCCCCAGAGAGCCCACCCCUCCACCCAGGGAACCUGCCCCGCACAAAACCCCUAGCCCCCCGCCCAAGUCUGUCACCCCGCCCACCCCGCCCACUCCCCCAAAGGUCUUUGUGUCUAUUGGCUGCCAGACUGAGUACGAUCCCAUCUUCCCACCAAUGGAGGCAUGGAACACUCAAUCCACUUUGUUCGUUUAUCCUUCUGUUUUCUCUAUUUCUCCCUUUCUCUCUUUGGCCUAAUCUGCCUCUCACUUAUUUAUUUUCUCACUAUCACCAACUUUGUUUCUCAAUUUCUUGGUUUGUAUUGAGUGGUCUGUGUCAGUGGACGUGUUGUCAAAACCAAAACUCUUCACUGUGUGUGUGUGUGUGUGUGUGUGUGUGUGUGUGUGUCGAGAAAACAUAUCUAUUUUGGGCCCUAUCUCUAAACACUGCUGCACCAAGAGUCUAGGAGAGGGGUUGUGAUGAGGAAGGAACUCUUUAAGGAUGUGUGAAAUCCAUUCUGUAGAGAUUAAAGAGCAUGACAUCCAGGCUGGCGAGUGAACUGUCCCGGUUUUUGGAGAAUGACGUCUAGCGGCGGCAACUUGGGCCAUGUCGUUCCCUUCCUCUUUAACAAACUCAUCAAGGUUAAACCAAGUUGGUAUUGAUUUUACUCCAGAUGGAAGGGUGGAUGUUUAGUGAGGGUUGCCUUUCAUCAGUGAAAUUUGCCUGUACGUGACUGUUUUUCCCUGUGUGUGUGUGUGCGCACACGUUUUUUUGUAAGCAGUAGGCCCACUGACAGGCUAUUUUUUCCCUCUGUGGAAUUUGACUAGGUCAGGAAGCUCCAAUGACCAAACCAUUUGAGAAGUGUAGUUCCCUCCCAACUUACUUCUGCCCAUCAACACAAUCAAUAGGCUCUAUAGGUAGCUAAUAAGAGGAGUUACUCUUGGAGACAGUAGUCCAAUUAAAGAGUUCCAGGGUUGGACUGCAGUGCUCUAUGUAAUGUCAGCUUUUAUGCGAUGAGUCGAACAUGUUCUUUCUAGCCUGGCAUGCCAUGCCAGUGGCAUUCUCCAUUUCAGCCAUUAAAAAGACUGCUUUCUUUGGCAUGUCACAUAAGCCCAGGGAGAGUGUGUUCUGUUUCGUCAAGAAUAAUUACUGCUGUCUAUGAAGACUCAGUUAAAUUCCAAAUACUUAAUCCCAGAGGGGCAAUUACAUUCAGAUGUAAUCAGCAGAGUUGUUGAAUAGAGACUCUUCUACGCUUUAAUUAGGUUUUCUGUGAAUUGAGCAGAACAUUAAUUGGGAAGGGAUCUCUAUUUGUGGAACUGUGUUGCUUGCAUGUGUACGUUUCUAUAUGUUAGUGUGUAUGCUUAAUGUCUGCGUGUGUGUUUCUGUGCGUCUGUUUCUUUCUCUGACAUGUCUGUCUGUGUGUGACCCAUCCACAGAUUCUGGCCCAGGGGAAGAGCUUGCCCACGGCUCCCCCCAAACAGGCCAACAAGCUGGACAACAUGCUGGGCAGCCUCCAGUCAGACCUCCAUAAACUGGGCGUCCAGACCGUGGCCAAGGGAGUGUGUGGGGCCUGCAACAAGCCCAUCGUUGGACAGGUGACCUUACACACACACACACACACACACACAUACACACAGGAAGACACACGCACACAUGCACAACACACACAGGCCGUACUCACGCACUCACACUUACGCACACACUCACAUUCACCUUUACUGUGCUUAUUACAUACAUUUUUGGAUCCCUGUUGAAUGUAUUCCUAGAUCAAUUUUGACUGCUCGUGGUCAAUACAACAGUGGUCAUGAUUGGUUAAUCCACCCUGUUGUUCUGAGCUGCCUACAGAGCUUGCAUGGUUUGCAUUCUUCCAUAUAAUCGAUGUUUGCUGGUAAUGGAAAUAAGGUUAAUUACUUUGUCCACAAUAGGAAGGUCACUGUUCCACACUGAGGGCUGAAUCUGAACUGGAGAUAUGCACCAUUAACCGGUGGAAAUCAAUCAUGCAUUGAUGUCAAUGGGACAUUGGCAUGGUCAUAUGCACAUCUCUGAUUAGGAUUCACCCCUGGGCCAAUAUUCGUAAAGACUCUUAGUAGGAGCGCUGAUCUAGGAUCAGUGUGGUCUUUUAGAUUCUAAUGGUUAAGAUUACAUGGAUGGGGGGACCUGAUCCCACUCUGAGACAGUUUAUGAAUACGAGUCCAGAUUCACAAAAUUCUAGGUUGAGGCUCCUAGUUUAGAUUUGUGUUGCGUCUGUCUUGUGCCCUCCCUGUGCCCAGGUGGUGACCGCCAUGGGGCGCACUUGGCACCCGGAGCACUUUGUGUGUACCCACUGUCAAGAGGAGAUUGGCUCCAGAAACUUCUUUGAGCGGGACGGAGCACCCUACUGUGAGAAGGACUACCACGACCUGUUCUCCCCACGCUGCCACUACUGCAAUGGACCUAUCCUGGACGUUAGUAUUACACACACACACACACACACACACAUUAUGGCACCCUGAAUCCCACAGACCCAGCUUUGAGCCAUUCUUCUCCACACCCUAUCUCUGUUUCUGUCUCACUCCGCACGUCAACACUCACUCAUAUCCUUGCACUGACACACUGCAGCGUGUGUAUGAGCCACUGCACACAUGAACACACACACACACACACACACAUGAACACACACACUGCCUGGGGUGAGGCACCACAGCAGAAGGGGGAAGAGUACAGCGACUGGACUUUAGCCUCGGGAUAGGUCAGAUUAGUCACAGUGGAGACAAGCUUCCUCAUUGGUCCAAUGUGGUGUAUUCAUAUCACUCCUUUCUCUCUCCUUUCUUUCUAUUGCUCUCUCUCGUCACGCUACUUUGUCCUCACUAGACAGACUGCUCUAUACUACUCUGUCGUCAGCCUCACUAUAGUAGUGCUGCCAUCUGCUGGCUAUAGGCAAAAUGCCUAAAACCUUGAUUUUAUGAAUUCAAUAUGCUGCUAACUAGCCUCGGAAACCCAGACCCUAGGCAACAGCAGUGACUUGGGUCUGGGAUUAAUAACGGACUCUUGUUAACUUCGAAAAGGGGAAAAAUAUGUUCCGGGGAGGGACCUCUUCAGACAGACAACUCUCCCAACAAAUCACGAGGCAGGCAUGUCAAAACGUCGCGAUUUGCAGGCAAAAACCUUUGCAGUGGUUUAAGUGAAAGUAGUUGAUGCAAACUAGCCACUUGCAAAAUGCACUCAUUAAAAAUAACCUCAGUGAUUUCCAUCUUGCUAGCUAAUAUUUUGUGUCCGGGAGGAUGUGGGCAACAAGCAGAUAAAGCAGUGACGUAGUUCCUCUAUGCCAAACUGACGUUGCAUCCAUACAGAUGUGUAAGCCGGAAACAUUGGUACAUUGUGGGAGCCAACCCGUCUGUCUAGAGAGACUAGUGUACGAAACAUGAAAAACACUGUCCUAAUAUUGAGUUGCACACCCCCCUUUUGCCCUCAGAACAGCCUCAAUUCGUCGGGGCAUGGACUCUACAAGGUAUCGAAAGCGUUCCACAGGGAUGCUGGCACAUGUUGACUACAGUGCUUCCCACAGUUGUGUCAAAUUGGCUGGAUGUCCUUUGGGUGGUGGACCAUUCUUGAUACACAUGGGAAACUGUUGAGUGUGAAAAAUCAAGCAGCGUUGCAGUUCUUGGCACAAACCGGUGUGCCUGGCACCUACUACCAUACCCCGUUCAAAUGCACUUAAAUAUUUUGUCUUGCCCAUUCACCCUCUGAAUGGCACACAUACACAAUCCAUGUCUCAAUUGUCUCAAGGCUUAAGUCUCCUGAAGUGGAUUUAACAAAUGACAUCAAUAAGGGAUCAUAGCUUUCACCUGGAUUCACCUGGUCAGUCUGUCAUGGAAAGAGCAGGUGUUCUUAAUGUUUUGUAUGCUAACUGCAUUUGGGGAAAAAUAUGGAUCUUUUUUUGUCCCCUACAGAAAGUGGUGACGGCACUGGACAGGAACUGGCAUCCAGAACACUUCUUCUGUGCUCAGUGUGGAGCUUUCUUUGGUCCAGAGGGUAAGCUAUCUCUCUCCCCUCUCUCUCCUCUCCUCUAUUCUUCCAUCUUUCUUCUCUAUUCCUUUCUCUCUAGCUUCUCUUCUCUUGCCCUCAGUCUCCUCUGUCUGUCGUUCUUCUCUUCUUUUCUCUCUCUCUGUCGUCUUAAGGCAGUGUCCUUCUCUGCCCCUCCUCCACAGGCUUCCAUGAGAAGGAUGGGAAGGCGUACUGUCGGAAGGACUACUUUGACAUGUUUGCGCCCAAAUGUGGAGGCUGUGCCCGUGCCAUCCUGGAGAACUACAUAUCAGCCCUCAACUCCCUCUGGCACCCUGAGUGCUUCGUCUGCAGGGUAAGUGGGUGUGUGCUGUGGUGCUAUUCUAAGCGUAUUAUCCCUCAUCUAUAUAUGGUGAGACAUACAGGUAACAGACAAAAUAAAUGAAACACCAACAUAGUGUCUUAAUAGGGCGUUGGGCCACCACGAGCCGCCAGAACGGCUUUAAUGCGCCUUGGCAUAGAUUCUACAAGUGUCUGGAACUCUGUUGGAGGGAUGCGACACCAUUCUUCCACGAGAAAUUCCAUAAUUUGUUGUUUUGUUGAUGGUGGCACCGCUCCAGAAUCUCCCAUAAGUGUUCAAUGGGGUUGAGAUCUGGUGACUGAGACGGCCAUGGCGUAUGAUUUACAUCAAAUGUUAUGCUCAUUAAACCAUUUAAUGACCACUUGCCCUGUGGAUGGGGGCAUUGUCAUCCUGGAAGAGACCACUCCCAUCAGGAUAGAAAUGAUUCACCAUAGGUUGAAGGUGAUCACUCAGAAUGGCUGUGUAUUAUUGCCGUUUACCUUGCCCUCUAAGGGGUUGAGUGGACCUAAACCAUGCCAGGAAAAAUCACCCCACACCAUAACAGAGCCGCCAGAACCCUCAUUUACUCAUGUUUCCUUUAUUUUGGCAGUUACCUAUAGCUUUCAUAUAGUUCUUGAAAAAAAGGUAUUUCCAAAAACAGUAUUGAUUGCCUCAGCCAUUUUGUGACAACCUCCUUUCCUUUUCUUCCCACCUCUGUGCAUUACAGGAGUGCUUCACCCCCUUUGUAAAUGGGAGCUUCUUUGAGCACGAGGGUCAGCCCUACUGCGAGGGCCACUACCACGAGCGCCGCGGCUCCCUGUGCUCCGGCUGCCAGAAGCCCAUCACGGGCCGCUGCAUCACGGCCAUGGCCAAGAAGUUCCACCCCGAGCACUUUGUCUGUGCCUUCUGCCUCAAGCAGCUCAAUAAGGGCACUUUCAAGGAGCAGAACGACAAGCCCUACUGCCAGGGCUGCUUCAUCAAGCUCUUCAGCUAG